AUGCUCAAGUUGUAUGUACUCUUGGUUUCUCUCUGUAGAGCCUAUGGUGCUCUGCUCUACGCCAACACUGGACACAAUGUGACUCUACCGUGUUUCUAUGCCAGCGACAGUGCCAAACAUCUGUGCUGGUACAAGCAGGUCGCAGGGGAGCGACCUCAAAUAAUAUCAUCUUUCUACAAGCAUUCACCUGACACCAACAGCUUCCACAACCAGUUUAAAGGCGACAAACGCUUCUCAGUUCAUGCUGGACGAGGGUUCUACCAUCUGAACAUUUCCAACGUCCAGAGCUCAGAUUCAGCUGCAUACUACUGUGGACAGAUUUCUGUUACAGUCACUGAGUUUAAUAAUGGAAUAUUUUUAGUUGUAAAAGCAUCCAGUCGCAAGUCUUUCCCCCUGCAGCCAGAGUCCGAGUCUGUGCAGCCAGGAGGCUCCGUGAGCCUGAACUGCACGGUGCACACUGGAACCAGUGACGGAGAGCCCAGUGUUUACUGGUUCAAAAAGGAUGCAAGGAACUCCCACGUGGGCAUCACGCACGUCCACACACACAGCAGCGGCCGGUGCGUUAAGAGCCCCGACUUUCCUGCGCAGGGCUGCGUGUGCAGUUUAUCGAAGAGGAAUGUGAGCCUGUCUGAUGCUGGGACGUACUUCUGUGCUGUGGCUUCAUGUGGAGAGAUACUGUUUGGGAAAGGAACGAAGCUGAAUGUUGGAGGGGAGCAUGUUGGCACCACCCCUGUACUGAUGCUUUGCACAGCUGCAGCUCUGCUUGUGUCUGUUAUCUUGAAUGUCAUUCUCAUCGGUGUCCUCUGCAAAAUGUCCCGAACAAAAUCUCAUCAUUCUGCAGGUACAGGGCUGCACCCUAAGCUGAGUGUCCCAGAAUACACCGCUGAAAGUCAGAAUAAGGAAUCUGACGCUUUACAGUACGUAGCUCUGGACUUCAAGAAGAGGCAAAGCAAGAGCAGGAGACAGAGGAGCACAGAGGAGGAGACGAUUUACUCUGGAGUCAGACUGUCACACCCGAAGUGAUUUGCGCUGUUUCAUCGAAACAAAACCUCAUCUGACCUCAUCAUCUUAAUCGAUCUGUGUAAAUAUCUGCUUUGAUCAUGUUAAAUCCCGAAUUUGCUUAACUGCAUUGUCAAAAGUAGGCCUGCUGUAAUCUUAUAAAGGAUACAGCAAAAAUAACAUUUGAUAAAAGCAAUAUGGAUGUGUUAUAUGUUCAUCCCUAAAAAGACAGUAAUUUGUUAAGAUUGUAAAACCUAAACAGGUGAGAAAAUCUUUAUCCAAUCAAAAGCUCCCGUGACUUUUGGUAACUCCACCUAACAAGUCACAGCUUGUUGCUCUGCGCACUCCCUGAAGUUUGCUGCAUGCAGUUAAGGCUCUUGGCCAGUAGGGAGCAGCAGGACACCUACAGUAGAUGUCCCACCAGCGCUACGUCAUUUGGUUUUUCUGUAAAUGAUGUGUAUUUUUGCUGACUGGAAACCACAGCAGCUGAUCACCACUUAGCUAAGAUUGGAAAAGAUAAGCUAUUUAAAGUGAACACACCACAGAGAAGCCGAGAAGUGAGUGUGAUGCAUUUGGAGGUGUCGACUGACAUUAAAAUCUCACCACCGCCCCUUUUUUUUCAGAGGCCCAGAGCACCGUCAGGGCAGUGACAGCAACUUUCAUGUCACUUUGCAAUAAUCGGUGCUCACUUUUAGGUUUUUCAGCAGAUGAGUUUGGUCAAAACAUAAAAAAAUAUGGAAUCUCAACUCAACUUAAGCAUGUAUUAUUAUUAAAUCUGGCAAAAUUUGACAUUUUCACUGUCACAAAUGAAUUUUUUUCUCUCAUCUCAGCACAAAAAUCCUACAGGCCCCUCUCCCCAUACACGGCUAUUCAUUCUUGUGUCUUUGUGGGCCCUACACCCUCAGUCCCCGACCCCCUCUGUCCUACACCCCUGGGGGAACGAUGUUAUAAAGGCUGCUUGUUUUGUCCUCUCAAACACUCACAAAGACUGUGAUGGUUUUUCAAGUCCUGCAGCUGACUGACAUAAAAAAAAAGAGGAAGAAGAAGAAGAAAGAAACAACAACAUCUCGCUUCUGAGUUGCCGCUCUGGUCAAGCCUGCUGCCGGCUCCUCUGACAGGAUGUGUGUGUGGUUUCAUGUCGAAAUGCUGUUUGUUCCAGUCGCUUCACAGUACCGCCUCUGCUCUCCACCUCAGGUCAAAAACCACUGCACAAAGUCACACUUUAAGCAUCGUAUGAGCGAAAGCAGCGACGUAAAGGCAUUCACAUCACUGACAGAGGUCACAACGGUCACAGUGAAACAGAAGUGGGAGGAGGAGGAGGGGCAUUGUGACAAGGUAAUCAGGGGCCAGCUUCACUUUUUCUUCUCUGUAGCCACGUGUUUUUUAAUUCUAGCUGAAGAUUACCUUCAUUCGUAUAUAACACAAGCAUCAAAAAAAGCUUCCUGCUCAAAGGAAGUAUAGCCACUCUCACUGACCUGUUUCAGUUCGUCGGGCCAAAAGCACAGUGGAAAAAAAAAAAAAUGCAUCUGCUGCCCAAGGUGGUGCUCUGGUUGCCAGGACACAGUUUUUCUGACCUAUUUGCAACAGCUUGUUUGUAGUCAAACAGAAAACCGCUACCAAGAGAUCCCCUCAUUUGCGUCUUCUCAUGUCCUAAACCACCACAGCAGCGACCUCCCUCCACCUCCACUGACUCUCAAUAUAGAAGCCUGGAGACGGCACGAAAUCUAAAAUGAGUUUCUUCAAAAAAGCUGAAAAAUGAUAUAAUGGUGGGCAUUACGGCGUGGUAUAGGAGUCUGAAAGCUGAACUCACAUGUGGUUUACAUGUGGAGCAGUCAAGUCAUGAAAAAAAUGGUCAUUUCAUUGUAAUGUUCAUUUAUUUAUUGUAUGCUUUCCUGCAAGAUAGCUACUUUCAUCAGACAUUGGGCAUAUUUAUCUUCAUAAACUGCACACUGAAAUGUGUGCAAUGUGUGUCUCGGGGGUAUUUGAAUGGACUAAUAAAAGGGCACCUUCUAUAGUAAGUGAGCAAACCUGAGCAAA